AUGCUGCCAUUGUCCACCCAACAUGAUGUGUGCUUGUCUCCAACUUCUCCAGGUGAAGAGCAAGAAGAAACUAUAACUCAAAGACCAUCUCUACAUCAGGAAGCAAUUCGUUUUAUAGGUGAAUUAGAAUGGUAUGCUUUUGCAAACAACCAAGCAGAGGUGAUGGAAACUUUAUUUGGACUACAACACGAAAUUGAAAAUGAAUAG